AUGAACUACAGAGGACUAGUAAUCGCGUGCUUCUAUGGCGGAAUGUCAGUGGCGAGCGUGUUUAUCAACAAAGCCAUUUUCCACGUCUAUCAUUUCAACCAUCCGUACACGCUGGUUCUGGGUCAAACAUGCUUCACGCUCGUCCUCCUACUGCUCAUGCGACGGUUCCGAGUCAUCAGAUUGGCACCAUUUCAGUUCUACGUCUUCCAACGGGUCUUCCUUCUGUCCUUCGCCUUCCUUCUGAAGCUCCUUCUAGACAUGUCCGCCCUCUCUAGAGUCAACAUCCCCAUGUACGGGGUCCUCAAAUCCUCGACCACUCCCUUCGUCCUCCUACUAGACUACUUCCUCCGCUCCAAAAAGGCUUCCGUGCGGAUCCAGCUAGCCGUAUACCUCACCACAGCAGGAGGGUUCAUCGCAGGGCUAGGAGACCUUACCUUCGACCUGCCAGGCUACAUUCUGGCGCUUUCAUCCGCGUUAGCAACAGCCGCGUAUGUCGUUAUAGUGGGGAAGCUCGGGGAGGAGCUACAGCUGGACUCGUUCACGCUGUUGCUGUACAACAAUUUUUGGUCGCUGCCGUUUUCGAUCCUGCUGGUGGUGUGGAACGGCGAGAUGGUGGCUGUGAGACAGGUGCUGCACCCACAGAGCGCCAUGUUCCUGUUCUACUUUGUGCUCUCCUGCGCGUCUGCGUUCAUCCUCAACCUCGCCACGUACCUCUGCACGCUCGUCAACGACUCGCUCACUACCAGCAUUGUCGGCCGAACCAAGUCCAUCCUGCAAGGUCUGGGUGGGCUCUUCGCGUUCGGCGAUGUGCUGCUGAAUCCCACGAACUUGCUGGGUCUGCUGGUGAACUCGUGUGGAAUCGGGUGGUACGCGUAUGAGAAGUAUCUGGAGGCGAAGCGGAAAGCCUUGUACCUGGGGUCGCCAGCUCGGCUCAAAGGCAGCCGCCCCACCACUGACACCAUGACCAUCACCAGAGACGGCUCCCAGGUAUCUCUAAUCUACACUGGCAAGGAGGCAGAUGGCCAAGACUCACGAAAUGGCCUAGUCUGA